GGAUUGGACUAUCGAAGAAAAGGAAGAGACGAAAGAAAACUUCCAGAAUAGUGAUGAGCGUGGGGAAAUUUUUGAAUGUGAUUCAUCUAUUGCAGAAAAAAUUCAGCAAGAAAAUAAAAAUUUACCACAGGCCUCUCAUAAGAUAAAGGGUCCAGGAUUUUCUAAAGCUUUCGUAAAAAUGCCAUCUUGGGUCAAGUGUAAUGAAGCCCUUAUAGCUACAGAAACAUACAAAGAGAGGUAUGUAAGACCAUUGUCGAAUGAAGUAUUAUCCACGCGUCAUUCCUAUUCGAAUGCUGUUACUACCAGACUUAAUCUUAAGUCAUAUUGUGAUAUUGAUGGUAAUAUAAAUCUACCUGAUCACAAGAGGGUAGUAUGUCAGAUAAAGAGCUUACAUCGCAUUACUAAUAAUUGUAAAUGUAAUAAAAAAUGCAAAUGUCGUCUGAGCCAAUAUGAUUUAUGGCUUGAUGAAAUAGUGUCUAUAAUUGCUCAGGCACAAGGUCAUUUGGUUGGGCAAUCAAUAGAAAAAUUGUAUAAACUAAUUCAAGAAGCGAAACGCAUUAUCCCUCAGAAAGGUAAAACAUUCCGCUUAGCUCCUAAUAAAGAAUCUAUAUUAGUUGAACUCUGGGAUUGGGCCAAGCAGACUUCCUUACUACCUUUUGAGAAUCGUAAAAGUGCAUCACUUAUUUGCCAUCUUAGAAAAGAUCUACAAGGAAUUGUUCGUGCUCUCAAGACUGAAUUUCCAGAAUUAAGGAUCAAGGAGUAUCACGGUAAAUCCGAUCCAAUGGAAAAAACUCAAGAUUUUAGCAACGUAGAAGAAUCAUGGAAAAAUAUUGACCUAGUUACUUAUACCAGCACUUUAAAAAUAGGAUUGUUGAAUGCCAAACGUGAAUGCCUUCCUCGUGAACUUCAGAAUAGAGGGAUUUUUCCAGAUGAUGGUCGAUUUUUCCAAAAGGUAGGUAUGGUAGUUUCUGUCAUAGAAUUCGUUCCUAAACCUGAAGAUACUAUGAUAUUGCUAUUCCAAACAGUGAAGAUGAGUUCUUCUAUAGUUAAAGCAGAGGAGAUAUCGAAUAUACCUAAUGCUUCUAUUGUCAACCAUGAGACUACUGAAUUAUUAGAGAAUAAGCCAAAGAAGACUUUAGAAGAGACGCGUUCUUUAGACCGACAUCAUAUUGUGGAUUGUUAUGAGAUACCACCUGAAACAUUAACUGAAGAUUUUAUCUCUAGGUAUGGAAAUUAUAAUCAUAUGAAAUGGUUCAGAGCUUAUAGACAAUUGCGAGAUGCGG